UUUAAAUCAUUUGUUACCGUAUGAUUUCACGUGUAAACAUCAAGUGUGUGAACUAUGUGCUAAUGACCUGGAACUAACGCCAGUGUCUAUUCAAACCAAAUGUGCAUAGGAGAAAUGGUGAAGUUACCAGUGGAUGCUGAGGACAUCUAUGUGUGGAGUCCAGUGGGUGAGCGGCGGCUCCGUAGGUGAACUCCCAGUUUGGCCAGUGGGACGAGUCUCGUCCUCAGUUUAUCAUUGUUAGUUCAUCAUGUAAAUGAAGCAUUUUUAUAAGCUUGUGGUUGAGGCUGCAGCCGUCAGAGCAGCAAAUGUGGAAAAUAUUCAUGUACUGAAGGAAACAGGCAGUAGAACAAGCCCGGAAACAAACGGACACGGUCGGUGCAGUUCUUUAUUAUUAAAUCACUGUAAAACAAUUCUUUGGUCACUGUGCAGUUUAAAGUCGUAUACACGAUGUGCUUUGAUAGAGAAGUAGAAUCUUAAACUCAGGAUGAUCAGCUCAGGGCUGUUUGUGCCUCAUUAUGUUUUGAUUUGAAUGUUUCUUUCCUCCAGAUGUCGGUAAUCUCUUCCAACGACUCCCAUCUUCAGCCUCAUCUCUCGUCCGUCAGCGCCUUCGUUCCUUUAGAGCUGUUCUGCCUCGUUGCCAAACCAGGCUGCAUCAUUUUCAACGCGUUCCUCAUCGCCAACAUCCUCCUGCUGCUCCCGCUCCUCGUGCUCAUCCUCCGUCAUGGUUUCCAGCAGCGUUUCUCCUCCUCCCCCACCACCGUGACUCACUCCGACACCUUCACCUACCACUUGGUCUCGAUGGAGCUGAUCCACAUCUUCGGCUGCAUCCUCUGUUGCUGCGGUAACUGCAUGGGCCUUUUCCAGCUGCUCAUCGCGUGGUUCUAUCUUUUCUCCAUCUCCCUUUAUGGCGAGGGGAUUUUUCACAUCCUGACCUGCUUGGAGCACUACCUGGCCGUCGUCCAUCCCAUCACCUACCUGAGCCUGAAGAGAGAACGAUGGAUCGGAGCAUCACCAUCGGUUUCAUUUGGCUGCUCAACUGUGGCCUGACCUGUCUGAACUUGAUUGGAACAUACUUAUCUGUGUUCCUGUGCCUUUCGACUGUGUCUGUCGUCAUGAUUUCCUUCUGCUGUCUUUCGGUUCUCUGCGCUCUGAUACAUUCCGGCCCGGGGGAGCGAGGUGUAGGUGGGGACCGGGUGCGGAUCCACCAGUCCAAACAGAGGGCCUUCUACACUAUUGUGGCCAUACUGGGAGUGCUGAUGCUCCGCUGUGUCUACAUUCUGGUUUGGUGUGUGGAGAUGGUGUUGAUGGGCCACAUCAAUAACUGUGCGUUGAGCCUCGGUGCUGCUUGGAUCUACUUCCCCGGCAGCCUUGUGUCACCUCUGCUGUACCUACAGAAAAACGGGAUGUUGGGUUGUCGCAGCAACAGGAAGUAAGUGAAGAGGUCAGACUGGAUCUGAUCAAUGAGCCACGGUUACAGUAGGUGUUAUGUGUUUAACUGGCAGUAGUUUAAAUCACUGACUCGACGUCUCCUGUUACACACUUUCACCUGCUAGUCACGUUUAGAACUUUUGGUGCAGAUCAUUUGUGAAAUUAAUCUUGAAGUAAAGUUGUGUUGAUAUUCAGUCCUCACAUAUUCUGUGUCCUUCUCUGCAUGUGUGUCAAGAUUGCAUCAUUUAAUAAUAUUUUAAACAUGAUUUGUCUGUAAAUGAUUUGAAUGAUUUACUCACCAGUUUGUUUUUUCAUUACCCCUUUGUUGUUAUGCAAAUAAAGCAGCUUUAAAUUCAAACUAUCCAUGUUUUAUGACUGGCUUCCAUGCACACACUGGCCUUCUGACCUUCACUGCUUCAAAACACAAAAACUGAUUUGUCGUGGUCGUGUGAAUCUCUGUUCUUGACGAACAGGGCUCCAGAGGCUGGGACAGUGCGACCUCUACCCUCAGGCGGGGGCAGUGGUGUGUUCUACCAGCAUCCUCUGGGCUCUGGUGUCUUCAUGUCAGGCAUCCUGCUAUCAAAACUAUUCAAAUCAAUGUCUGCCAGGCCAGAACACCUGCUGUGUUAAUCAUUCCCACCUUGAGUUUGCACUAAGAGACUAAAACUAAAAUAAAACAGGAGGAAAGUGUCAUAUUGUCAGUUAACGAGUUUUUGUAAAGACAUCAGUUUUUAUUCAGAUUAAUUUAAUUUGUUAGAUAAACGGGAAUCAAUGGGAAGCCAAACCUAAACUGUACCAUUUUAAUUUAGUUAACUCUUCAACCUAUUGAGCUGAAUCUGAAUAUUUUAUAUUAGUUCAUAAAACCUGAUGUGAUGUGUCAUCAUAAAUGAAUGUAAUUGUGUAAAGAUGGGCUAUUUUACGUAAUAAAUGUAUAUAAUUUAUACAUGUAUUUAUAUUAUUUAUACUAAUUUAUUAUUUUUUACAUAACCUGACAUUUAGUAGCUGAAUUAAUUGUCAAAUCAUCAGUUUGGCUUCAUUGGUCGUGUUGGUUAUGCAAAUGAAGCCUAUUUGAAUUUCUUUUAGCCUCUCCAUCAUCUACAGUCUGGCAGGAGAGUCCAGAGUGUGGAGGCUCAGACGAAGGAUGCUCAGAGACACACACUCUUCAAGUCUUCAAACUCCGGACCUCAGUGCUUCAGGUGGUUCUGUGGUCCCUCCAGACAUGUCGGUCAGCUCCUCCAACGACUCACACCUUCACCCUCCACCUUCGUUCGCCUCGUUCGAGCUGCUCUGUUACAUCCUCAGACCAGGUUGCCUCGUUUUCACCGCCUUCGCCUUCGUCAGCAUCUUCCUCCUGCUCCCUCUCAAUGCCUGUGUCCUGCAUCGUGGCCUCCAGCAGUGGCGGAGACAACGCGUCUCCACGGCAGCGAUGACGACUCACUCCGACAUCUUCACCUGCCACUUGGCCGUGAUGGAGCUGAUAUCUGUGUUCGGGGCCGUCCUUUGUGUCUGCGGUAUCUACGUGAAUAAUUUCCAGCUGAUAAAGUCGUGGUUCUAUCUUUCCUCCAUAACGUUUUAUGGAGAGACGUUCUUUCACAUCCUGACCUGCCUGGAGCUCCACUUGGCUGUCGUUCAUCCUAUCGUCUACCUGAGCCUGAGGGAAGAGAGAUGGACCCGGAUCAGGAACAUCGUCAUCGGCUGCAUUUGGCUGCUUAGCUGUGGAUGGACGGGUCUGAUAACCAUAGGAAAUGGCUACUUGAUUCCAGAUGUCUGCCUCCUGAUUACUUCUGUGUUCAUCAUCUCCUUCUGCAGCCUUUCUGUUCUGCGGGCUCUGACUCGGCCCGGCCCAGGUAAGCUGGGCAGGGACCCGUCCAAGCAGAGGGCCUUCUACUCCAUCGCGGCCAUUCUGGGAGUGCUGCUGUUGAGGUGUUCCUGGAGUCUGGUUGGGGCUGGACGGUCUGUAGCGCUGGGCCUGGUCACUGACUGUCUGUCCAACAUGUGUGGAGUCUGGAUCAGCCUCCCCGGCUCCCUGCUCUUACCUCUGAUGUUCAUGCAAAGAACGGGAGCUUUCAACAGGAAAUGAAUGUAACAACACUGAGAACUUCACAUUGGUUCAAAAUAGUCUGCGAUCACAUUUAAACAAACCGACGUGUCCUAAUGGUCGUGGCCAGUAGGGGGCAGUAUAACGCUAAACUCAGCUCUGUCGGCCUCACGUUCUGCGCCACAGGAUCGUUUUUAUGACUCAUGCUCAAUCUUAUGUCAUUUCAUUUUUAAGAAAUGUUUCCCUCUAAAGUUGGUUUAAUUGUCAUCAGUCAGUUUUUAACACAGUUUGAUUUCAGUGUCAGGUUCUGGGACAUUAUACAGUUUUAGUGGUUGGUUCUCUAAAAUUAGCGACACUAUUUGUUUAUGCACACGGUUAGUUUAGUUUGAUAUAUUGUUACCAGUCACACCUUUCAUUUAUGUAUCUUCCGUUUGAGUUCAUAUUCAGUUAUUGUUACUGAUUGCUUAUUAAAUCGUUUGUGAUUC